UAAACUUUUUUCUCUCCUCAGGUUUCUUGCUGUUUUGUAGCAAACAAGAAAAAUGUUCUACGCACAUUUUGUCCUCAGUAAAAGAGGGCCUCUGGCCAAAAUUUGGCUGGCGGCCCAUUGGGACAAGAAGCUAACCAAAGCCCAUGUGUUUGAGUGUAACUUAGAGAGCAGUGUGGAGAGCAUUAUCUCACCAAAGGUGAAGAUGGCACUACGGACAUCAGGACACCUCCUCCUGGGAGUCGUCCGGAUCUAUCACAGGAAAGCCAAAUACCUCCUCGCAGACUGUAAUGAAGCAUUUAUCAAGAUAAAGAUGGCUUUCCGGCCAGGUGUUGUCGAUCUGCCUGAGGAGAACCGGGAAGCAGCUUACAAUGCCAUCACUCUACCUGAAGAAUUCCAUGAUUUUGACCAGCCACUGCCAGACUUAGAUGACAUCGAUGUCGCCCAGCAGUUCAGCCUGAACCAGAGCAGAGUGGAGGAGAUAACCAUGAGAGAAGAAGUUGGGAACAUCAGUAUCCUGCAGGAGAAUGAUUUCGGUGACUUUGGGAUGGAUGACCGUGAGAUAAUGAGAGAAGGCAGUGCCUUUGAGGACGACGACAUGCUAGUGAGCACCAGUGCCUCCAACCUGCUCUUAGAGCCCGAGCAGAGCACCAGCCAUCUGAACGAGAAGAUCAACCACUUAGAAUAUGAAGACCAGUACAAAGACGACAACUUCGGGGAAGGCAAUGACGGCGGUAUCCUGGAUGACAAACUGAUAAGUAAUAAUGAUGGUGGCAUCUUUGAUGAUCCCCCUGCUUUGUCUGAGACGGGGGUCAUGUUGCCAGAGCAGCCCACACACGACGAUAUGGACGAGGAUGACAACGUGUCAAUGGGUGGGCCCGAUAGCCCCGACUCAGUGGAUCCUGUUGAGCCAAUGCCAACGAUGACUGACCAGACAACACUUGUCCCAAACGAGGAAGAAGCCUUUGCAUUGGAGCCCAUUGAUAUAACUGUCAAAGAAACAAAAGCCAAGAGGAAGAGGAAGCUGAUUGUCGACAGUGUCAAAGAAUUGGACAGUAAGACCAUUAGAGCCCAGCUCAGUGAUUAUUCGGAUAUUGUGACAACUUUGGAAAUGGCUCCGCCCACCAAGAAGCUGAUGAUGUGGAAGGAGACGGGGGGAGUGGAGAAGCUGUUCUCCUUGCCGGCACAGCCUCUGUGGAACAACAGGCUACUGAAGCUCUUCACGCGCUGCCUGACACCCCUUGUACCGGAAGACCUUCGGAAAAGGAGGAAAGGAGGGGAAGCGGACAAUUUGGAUGAGUUCCUCAAGGAGUUUGAGAACCCCGAGGUCCCUCGAGAGGAGCAGCAGCAGCAGCAGCAACAGCAGCAGCAGCGUGAUAUCAUCGAUGAGCCCAUUUUGGAGGAGCCCAGCCGCCUCCAGGAGUCAGUGAUGGAGGCCAGCAGAACAAGCAUAGAAGAGUCCGCCAUGCCCCCACCACCACCUCAGGGAGUUAAGCGAAAAGCUGGACAAAUUGACCCGGAGCCCCCCGUGAUCCCUACCAGUAGAGCUGCCCCCAGAAGAGCCUCCAAAUAUCUGUCAGCUGAUCCCAGAGCUGGAGCUCCUGCCGGAGAAGGAGAAGGAGAAAGAGAAGGAAAAGGAGGAGGAAGAAGAGGAGGAGGAUGAAGAUGCUUCAGGGGGUGAUCAGGAUCAGGAAGAAAGGAGGUGGAACAAAAGGACCCAGCAGAUGCUCCACGGUCUUCAGCGAGCUCUUGCUAAAACUGGAGCUGAGUCGAUCAGUUUGCUUGAGCUGUGUCGAAACACAAACAGAAAGCAGGCUGCAGCAAAGUUCUACAGCUUUUUGGUUCUGAAAAAGCAGCAAGCCAUCGAGCUCACACAGGAAGAGCCAUACAGUGACAUCAUUGCAACGCCGGGACCAAGGUUCCAUAUUAUCUGAGGAGCUGGAAGCAUUAGUUCUAGUGUUUGCUCACUAGUACAUACAAAUUGCCCCCGUGUGUAGGGCACCAAAACCCUAUAAGGAAGUUGUUAGAUUUUUGUUUGUACAAAAUCUUUGCAGUUUCUUUCUUCAUCUCCCCCCCCCCCCCCCCCCCCAGUGUUUCUAGUUUUUCUUCCAUCUUUUAAGGGAAACUGCUUAUUUGGGUUGGGAUUGUAUUCCUGGAGAGAACAGUACCCCCAAGAACCCAGAAGACUUUUAACCAGUCAGAACAGAUGUGUGCAAUAUUGGUGCAUGAGAUAAUAUGGAGUGAUAACAGUCAGAAGUCCCCAUUUUUAUGUUAGUUUUCCAUUGCUGUGUUGAAAGGAAAACCUGCCUAGGAAAAUGCCUGACACUCUUAAGAGCUGUGGUUUGAGUCCCUUGACGGGAAGAGAAAAUGUCUUCCCAGCAGUCUGGUUAACCACUGUGCCCAGGGAUAGAUAGCACAGGAAGCAUCAUGAUGUCUUCUUGAUCAUGUUUUAAAGUAAUGCCAUGAUGAGCAGGAAUUUGUGACUUGUGUUGUG